GCUGAGUGUACCAGAGGUUUCGUCAGCAUGAGCGCCACAUCAGCACUCUCUCGAGACGAAUGCCGCAAGAUCGUCCAGAAGCAGUUGCAGCGUGACGAUUUCGAACUGAUGUCGUUUACAAUGUCUCCACUGAGCUCUGAGAUGAAGGGGCUCAUGGGCGAUCACCUGAAGCUGCGUGUAUCGGUAUUACUAGGGGAUAAGGAAAACCGAGACACCGAGAGCACCGAGCUACAGUUCUUCAUCAAGGCGGUGCCUGUAGAUGACGACUAUAGGAGGAAAUUCGCAGCGUCCGGCGUGACGUACCAGAAGGAGGUACUGUUCUACAGCGAUCUUCAGAGGGACGUGCAGAAACACCUGCGCUGCUCCGACUACGAGUCGUCUACGUACUUGGGCACCGUCCCCCAGUGUUACUACCUGCGGCCAGAUUUACUGGUGCUGGAGGACCUCGCGUUGGCGGGCUUUGGCGUGCUGGACUCCAAGGAACCGCUGGACUUACAGCACUGCAAGUUUGUGCUGAAGGCGGUGGCUCGGUUCCACGCGGCCUCCCUCGUGUACGAGGAGCGUGAGGGGCGGUUACUCGCUGACGCCCACCCCCUGCUUCUGGAGGAGUCCUUCUACAGAAAGGAGCGGGGCUUCAGCCAUUACGACGCACAGGCCGAAAGCCGCCGUGUUACACAUGUUCUACUGGAUCUCAUACCUCGCUUCGCUCCAGGCACGGCUCACAAUGAGGAACUACACCGUUUCGUUAACCCAGUCAUGGAAGAUGUCUACGAACUACUCAAGCCAUCUGACAAGUACCGAAACGUACUGUGCCACAGAGACCUGUGGUUAAACAACAUGCUGUUCGCGGAAGACGCCAAGGGCGAGCUGUCGGUGCGGUUGGUGGACUUCCAGACGCUGCACCUGGAGCCUCCAGCACACGACGUCUUGCUCUUCCUUCAUCUGAACACGACGCGUGAACUGCGGCAGACCCACGGGCGGAAGCUACUGGAGCUGUACCACCAGACACUGGCCGAGGUGCUUCGUCAGCACGACCUCAACGUAGACUCCGUCCUGCCUUUACAGAUCUUCCUGCAGUCCUGCGACGACUCUAAGCCUGUGGUCGUUAUCGUCACUACCUACAUUUUGCAAGCCCUCUUGCUGCCUCUACAACAGGAUGCUGACUUGGAGAGUUUCUUGUUGGACCGUAAGGCUCUGGCGAAGGCCGCGUACGAGCGCGACGAACGCUACCGUUCGAGGAUGACAGAGGCCAUGGAGGAGCUGGUGGAGACCUGCCUCCUGCCCCGUCUACGGGAACACCAGCGGUGACCACCCAGCCGUAGUGUUCUCUAACGCACUACAGAAGAUAUAUCUCAGACUCUACUUGCAUGAAUGCAAACAUUUCUUCCUUUUCCAUGUUUUUCAAGUAUUUCUUCUUGUAUUUGACUAACAUUUUACCCGUGGCUUCGCCCAUGUACGCUCAUGACACAUAUAUAUUCGACACAUAUAUGUCUGAAUCUGUGGUGUUUUGCACCAUACGCUCCCGGAGAGGAUGUUAACUUUUUUGUAGUAUUCACCCGAAAGCCAUGAUCUUAGGUCGCGAAGUAUAC